AUGCCGAGAAAGCCUCGCAAAUCGGACUCGUCCACACCGGGCAUCAAUCCUAGGGAAAACCUACUGGAUCACCGGAAUUUCCUGGCUCGAUCGUUGACCCGCAAUGACAAUGAGAUUUACGCAUUGGUCAAGUUAAAUAGAUCACUUCGACAAGCCAAGGAAGCCAUUCUCCAAAGCUGCGGUGAAUUGGUCCUCCUCGAUAUCGGUCUUGGCAAACUCAAAUUGAUCAAUGACGAAUUGCAUCAAGCCCAACAAGCCACUCCUGCCCCUGCUACUACUACUACUACUGCUGCUGCUGCUCCGCCACCAGAAGCAACACCAUCGUCAGACGAUGAUGAUGAUGAUGACGAUAACGGCGACAAAGAGAAACAACAAACUACUGAAACUACUACCAACACAGCAGCAGCAGCAGCAGCAGUAGAAGAGACUUCUCAAGCAGCAGUGGUCCAUCAUUUGUCACCCGCCCAAAAGGACCUCUGUGUGGAUUUCUUACUCAAAAUGAAACUCCGCCGCAAAUUGUGCAAUCGAUUGUCACGGCGUCUCAAUCGCAUUGCGCAUGCCUUGGACGGGGAAGAUGUGGCUCCGCCGCCACCGCCCCGGUACGGUGACUUGAGCCUGAAUAUUGAUCCACAAGCCUUGAAAGACAAGGAGGUUCACUGGAAACUAUUGAAAGAAGCCCAAGAGAGAGUGGAACUUGCCAAGAAGAACAAAAACGAAAAUGGCAACAGCACUGAUACUGAUAUCAAGACUACUACUUCCGAGACCGAGCCUCCUCAAGAAACCACCAGCAGUCUAGAAGCACCUCUAGUCAAGGCGGAGGAGCCAGAAGAAAAGGCAGAAAAAGAAAUGGAAGACGAAAAGACAAAAAAGGCAGAGCCUGCUAUCAUCCCAUCGGCACCAGAGGCCGCUCCGACUGGGGACAAAGUGGUCACACCAACCACCAAACAAGAACCUGAAGAAAAGUCAGAAGACAAGAAGAUUGGAGAGGAGACCAAUGCUGCUGAUAUGAACGAACCAGAAAAGAAGGAGGAGAAUGGUGAACCAGAGAAAAAGGAAGAAUCGGCCGAAGAGGAUCCCGAAUCGGUCAUUUCUAAAAACCUCUUUGCUUCACCAGUGAAAAAGGAAGACAAUGGUGGUGUUCCAAUGACACAGACUGAGCGAGAUGAGGAACUGUUGAAAUCCUACGAUGAUGCCUACGAAAAGGUGUGGGAUGCCACUACCAAUUCUUUCAAGUACACCAUUUUGGACGAAAAGCGUGAACCCGAUUACGCCACCAUUCAAGAUGGGGGUGUCGGUGCAUUGUCGAGGCACAUGACUGACGAAGAACGGGAAGCGGAAAAUCAGAGAUGGCAAUCUGCCAUUUUGGCACGGAUUCCCAAACAGCCAACCUUUGAAGACUUGGGGCUGACAGCAAGAGUCUUUUGUCUGGAAGAACGAUUGAAGCGGUGUCGCGAAGAGGCGGAUCAAGAAGAAGGAGAGGAGGAGCCUGACAGCAACAAGAAGGCCAAGGCAGAAGGUGACAAUGAUGAAGAUGCCAUGGACGUGGACAAGGCUCAAGACGAAAAAGAAUCAUCCAAGAAGGAAGAUGGUGAAGAAGGUGGAGCCACAGAAUCAUCGACUCCCAAAAAAGAGAUCAAAACCCCAGAAAAGAAAAACAUGGGAGCUGCCGAGAAAAAAAAGGAACCCCCCAAGAAGGUAGAAAAGGAAUUCAAACCAACCAAGCCAAUGUCACUUGCUGCGGUUCCUUCCUUUCACAAUCAAGAUACCAAUCGUCUCCGAAUGAUUCAGGCUGACAUGAUUGGACAAACGAUUAUUAGUACUGCAAAAGAAAGACUGGCAGGACUGGUGCAUUCCUACAAUGAUGCGCUCAUAAAAUCGGUUCAAUGCUACAAUGCAAAACAGCAAAUCGCACAGAAGGUGGCUUUGAAUUUGGAACAAGGACGUCGUGAAGUGGCCAAGGCCAAUUCGGAAUAUGCAUUGAAAGUCAGUUUGGGCAAGCAAAAGUGGUUGGUGGAGAAGAAAGAACACGAUAACAAGAGAUUGGCAACCAUGCCAUCACGUUUUGGUCAACUGGCGAUCGGGACCAAUGCCAUUCAAACUUACAUGAGAAUCAAUGCCGGCGACCAAAUCAAAUUGAUGGUUGGACAAGCUCUCGGAGACCUUGUGGAUUUGACCAUCAUGCAGGCAGAGGGAAAGCUUACUACCAAUACCAAGUAUCCAGACUUUGUUCCACCGACAGCACCUGCCCUUCCUCAACAAUUCCGUCAGCAGCAGCAGACUUUGAAGAAUGAACACGAUCGUCUCGCUGCCGCAUUCAAUCAAUUGGAAGAACAGCGAAGAGUGAAAUGGCGCAAGUACAUGGGAGCACGCGCCGAAAUUGAAGUGAAACAUGGCGUCAGUUCCCGACGCACAGCAGCCACUUACAGCAGUACGCCGUGCCCUCAAUUGAAUCGGGCCACUCAACAGUCCAUACCCAACCUGCAAUUCCCGGUCAUGGCAAGAGCUGGGUACACUCCUAUUAACAAACCGCCCAGCAGUGAUCCAAAGUACUCGGCAGCCAAGGUGAAGCAACGUAUUGCCAACGACGGAAGUGUGGCUCCUGUCACUGAACCAAAAAAGACCAAGGAUGGACUGUACAUGCGUCCUUCGGGAAGAACACGAAAGGGUAUGCAAUGGGACGCCCUUCGAGGUCUUUGGGUUCCCGAGAAUUACCGGUAG